CCUCGCCUCCGCGCCGUGGGAAAAUGGCCUCUGGCUUUCCCACGCCGGCUCCGACCCUCUGAGUCGCGGGCUUAAGAGCGCUACCCAGUUGCCGGUCCUGGCCUUCUGCAGCAGACUAAGGUGAUCUAUCAACUGGGUCGGCGGCUGAUUUGAACAGGGCAGGCAUGGAAAAGCAAGACUCAGCUGGCUUGGAAGCGGGAAAAGGGCCUCAUGUCAUCUACCCUGGGGAGAACGAGGAAUUCCAGGAAAGAUCUGCCCCAAAGAUGCUUAGCGUGGACAUGUCCGGUUCAGGUGCGGAGUGCCAGCGCUUCAGGCGCUUGCAUUACCAGGAAGUGGACGGGCCCCGAGAGGUUUGCAGCCGACUCCACCACCUUUGCCACCGGUGGCUGAAGCCAGAAAGUCACACCAAGAAGGAGAUGUUGGACCUAGUGCUCCUGGAGCAGUUCCUGGCUGUCCUGCCCCCGGAGAUGGAGAGCUGGGUCAGGGGAUGUGGGCCCGAGACCAGUUCCCAGGCGGUGGCCCUGGCAGAGGGAUUCCUCCUGAGCCAGGCAGAGGCCAAGAAACAGGAAGAGCAGGGGACACCAGAAGGGGCUUUCCCCAAGGCAGAGAGGGCUCCAUCAGACCCCAAGCAGAAGUCACUCUUCGGGGGGAUACCACAAGAACGUGGUGGAGGUGCUCCCUCAUGGGAUAUUGAAAGGACGUUGCCUGGUUCUUGUAGGCCUCCCCCUCCCUGUGGAAGAGCGAAAGCAUCGUCCGUGCAGCCAGAUAAGGGUCUGGUGAGCUUUGAGGAUGUGGCCGUGUACUUCUCAGAGGAGGAGUGGGCUUUGCUGGAUCCGGGCCAGAGGGCUCUGCACGGGGAAGUCAUGGAGGAGAACGGCAGGACUCUGGCCUCUCUGGAGGAGGAGAGCAAGAGAGGAGGGGAAUGGCAGAAACAGACAAUGGAAGACAGAGCUCAAGAGAGGAAGAGAUCCGUUGCUUCUAAAAGUUCUCCUUUUCAUGGGAUAGUGGUUCAAAAAGAAAGACAAAGAGGUAAAUCAAGCCUUGAUGCCCAUCAAAGAAUGAAACAUGGGAAGAAUGUACUGAAAUUCUCAGAGUGUGAAAAGAGCAUCAGUCAGAACUCCAACCUUACUUCCCAUCACAGCAUCCACACAGAGGACAAACCAUACAAAUGUUCAGAAUGUGGGAAGAGCUUUUCUGACUGUUCAAGCCUUACUUCCCAUUAUAGAAUCCACACAGGGGAGAAACCAUACAAAUGCUCAGAAUGUGGGAAAAGCUUUAGUUACCAUACAGGCUUUACUUACCAUCAAAGAAUCCACACAGGGGACAAACCAUACAAAUGUUUAGUAUGUGGAAAACGCUUUCCUGACUGUUCAAGCCUUAAUUCCCAUCGUAGAAUCCACACAAGAGACAAACCAUACAAAUGUUCAGAAUGUGGGAAGAGCUUUAGAUAUCGUCCAGGCCUCACUUACCAUCAAAAGAUCCACACAGGGGAGAAACCAUACAAAUGUUCAGAGUGCGGAAAGAGCUUUACUGUCCGUCAAAGCCUUACAUCUCAUCAAAGAAUCCACACAGGAGAGAGACCAUACAAAUGCUCAGAGUGUGGAAAGAGCUUUACUGUCUCUUCAAAACUUGCUUCCCAUCAAAGAAUCCACACAGCGGAGAAACCAUACAAAUGUUCAGACUGUGGAAAGAGCUUUAGGCAUCGUUCAGGCCUCACUUACCAUCAAAGAAUCCACACAGGAGAAAAACCAUAUUUAUGUUCAGAGUGUGGAAAGAGCUUUACUCUCCGUCAAAGCCUUACUGCCCAUCAAAGAAUCCACACAGGGGAAAAACCGUAUAAAUGCUCAGAGUGUGGAAAGUGCUUUACUGUCCGUCAAAGCCUUACUGCCCAUCAAAAAAUCCACACGGGGGAAAAACCAUAUAAAUGCUCAGAGUGUGGAAAGUGCUUUACUGUCCGUUCAAGGCUAACUUCCCAUCAUAGAAUCCACACAGGGGACAAACCAUACAACUGCUUAGAGUGUGGAAAGAGUUUUAUUGUCCCUUCAAAACUUGCUUUCCAUCAAAGAAUCCACACAAAGGUCAAACCAUACAAAUGUUCAGAAUGUGGAAAGUGCUUUAGUGAGUGUUCAAGUCUCAUUUACCAUCACAGAAUCCACACGGGACAAUUCAUACAAAUGCUUAGAAUGUGGGAAGAGCUUUAGCUACCAUUCAAGCCUUACUUCCCAUCAAAGAAUGCACAUGGGAGAAACCAUAUAAAUGCUCAGAGUUUGGAAAGAGGUUCAGUUUGAGCUCACAUAGGCAGGAAACCGUAUCAGUGCUCAUAAAACGAAAAGAGCUUCAGUCAGAGUGCAUACCUUACUUCUGAGAGAAUCCAAAUCUGGGACAAAAUAUAUCUAUGAUAACACUGCAGAAAGAACUUCAGGAAGGGCUCACAACUUCCCAUCAGAGAAUCCACAGCCUAGCACUUGCUCAUCGCUUCCUGCCCUCCCUCUCAGACACAGAGAAAUGUGGCCUUUUAGACCCUGUGAGGUCUGCUUCUCUGAGAUGCUGGGAGUCUUGGCAUGUUCUAGGAUUUGGCUAGAAUCCAGGUUUGUUUACAAUUCAUAUCAGGGGAGGCUGAGGAAAUCAGUGUCACUUUAUCGUAUCCAGACGAGCUUUCAGGUGGCUUUCAUGGCCCCAUCUGGCUGCAGCUUGGCUCCUGGCCUCAGCUUUGUGUUGGCUUGUGGUGCUGUAUGUUUGUGUCUACAACAACAAAGAAGCUGUUCAGGCAAAUUGUUCCCCUGAGUGGAAGGGAGAGCAGAAGAGAAAACCUGAAGAACUCAGCAUGCCAGAGAAAAUGAGAGUAGACACUGCAGCUGGAGACAAAGAAGAGUCGCUCCUCCCACCCAGCAACAUAAAAGCUAGAUGAGAGGUUUCAUGGUUCCUGCUGUGAAGACUCGGUCCACAUUUGCUUUCAUUAAUCUGUUUGAGAACGACUGACAUUGUUUUAAAAAUGAAGCCUCUCGACUUUACUGUAGACAUUGGAGUGGGCAAGGCGAAGAGUAAUCAUUCGACAGCGACUGAAAUAAGUGCGACUCUUUCUUUGUUCCUCUAGAACGUUUUUGCACUUGACUUUAACUGCAUCUAAUCACUGGUCAUGGGCUUACUGAAGAAACACUUUUCGUUUGUUUCCCUUUGUGCACUUUGAUCUUACAUACCUGAAACCUGUUUUGAACUAUACUUAUCGAAGACUUCAUUGACUCAGAAGUUAUACUGCUUUUACAGUUUCCUUAUUUGUAUUGUUUAUAAGGUAUAGUAAUGGUUUAUAGAUGAUAACCUUGAAUAGUUUGUAGGUUAAGUAGAUAAACAAUAGAUAUAGUUAUAUAGCAUAGUAAAGACAUGUUUAAGUAAGGCUUCAAAUGCCAAAGGGGAGGGGGCUGUACCUUUUGAAGAAGAGCUGGUGACCUCCCGUGAGUAACAAUUCAGAAUGUUGGGAACCUGUCUGUAAAUGAAUUUCAAAGAUUAGAGAAACAUAUCCUUCAAAGCCAGAUGAUUCUAGGACUGAGAUACAUAAUAAGAUAGAUGUCCUGGAUAAGAAGUUACCAUUAAACAAAAAGAAAACUGCUGAGAUUCUAAAGGAUGUACAAGAAAUGAGAGAUUAGAUCAGCACUAACAGGAGUAGAAAAAAGGUAGCAAUACUAGAAUUGGCUAACAAAGCUAAUAGUUUAUAAAGGGAGAAAAUAAUAGAAUUAGAGGAUAAAAUAGAGAGUGCAGGACUUGUUUUAAAAUAAGAGGACUAAAGGAAAAAAUUGCAUGGGAUAACUUAAAACAAUAUUGCUAGGGCCUUUCUAUAGGUAUCUUUGGAUACCUGAGAGUUUCAGGUGAUGAAAUAAUUCAGGUUAAUUCCAGAAUAACAAGGCAACAUGAGGUAUGCAGAGACAUCAUCGUAACCCUUGGUAAUAUUAAAAUCCGUUAUGCUAUCCUGAAUAUUUUAUAGAAUGACCCAUUAAAAAUAGGUUGUGAAACCAUACAGGCUUUCCCUGAUAUCUCUCUAUUAACCCUACAAAAAAGAUGAGAUUUGAGAUUGUUUACUGAUCAGCUAAGGCAUUGUGUAUAGAUGGGGGACUCUAGGCUUCACAUUAAAUUUAGAGGGAAGUCAUAUUCAGUUAGGACAAUACAGAAAUGAAAGGGGUUUAUUAAAUAACUAUUGAACAUACAUUAUUGUGAGGAAACAUAAGGUAAAUUUUAAGAUUUAGAUAGCGGGAGGCCCUUUUCAGGUAUCAAGUUAUAGGUAGACAAGUUGGAAUUAGAUAGUUAAGACCGAUAGGAAUUAAGUAAAGAAUAGCUUGGAAUCAGUAUUGAGAAUGACUAACUUAGAAUUCAAAAUUAUCUCUCUCAAUGUGAAUGGUGGUGUCUACGAACCUUGCAAGAGAUGUAAAAUUUUUUAUAAAUUUCUUAGAAAAAAUGCAGAUAUUGUACUCUUGCAGGACUUGCAUAUUAAAAACUCACAAGCCAAAAUCCUUGAA